AUGUCCACUUCCUACGACAUUUCUGUGCAAGAACCUGUCCAUGGCCAGAAUGAUAUCAAGAAUGCGGAAGAAGCCAUCAAAAGGUUCAGGGAGGAUGACGACCCACAAACAGUUUUCUUCCUCAAUUUUGCACCCGAAUUCGAUGGCAUGGAAGAUCUUCACGUAACGAAGUAUAGCUGGGCAACAAAGAUAGAACAAACUGUUCAGGCGCAGUACGGCAAGGAGAAGGAACGUCAUGCUAUUCAGCUCAGCUGGGACCGCGCAUCCUACCGGGCUAAGCUAGUCGAUUACCUUUUGAGAACCACUCCCUGGUGUAUAUUCGGUGUCGACAGAGUUAAAGAUGCUGAGAAGCAUGACCUCACCGGAGACUACCACCACGAUAAAGAGGUCUACAAAGGGGCAACAAGUGAUUGGCUCCAAGCCAGUCUCCCUGAGGUUCCAGUGGAUCGGCUGCAGGUGAUUGUGAAAUACAUCGCCGAGACACUUGCUCUUGGCCAAGGAAGGCUGCAAGGGGUACAACGAUUCGCCGUGGCUUUAUCCGUGGAAAGCGAAAAUGAAGCACUGAAUCAGCCAGGAAAGCCAAGGAGAACCAAGUCGAAGUCACCGGCACCCUGUACGAGGCAAAAGUCAACAACAAACUCCUGCAUCAGCAGAAAUUCGACCAGAAGAUGUUGGACCUGGGCAAGCCACUAG